AUGACCAAGAUCAUGAUCAUCAGUGGGUGAAAUCGAUGCUGUUUUGUUGGAAGAUUGAUUCCUCUCCAGAUGAGAGAGAUUAAAGGGGAGCAGAGAUAAUGUCACCCUGUACAAUGCCUUCAGAAAGUAUUCACACCCCUUGACUUUUUACACAUUUUGUUGUGUUACAGCAUGAAUUUAAAAUGGAUUAAAUUGAGAUUUUGUGUCACUGAUCUAAACAAUAUACCCCAUAAUGUCAAAGUGGAAUUAUGUAUUUAGAAAUGUUUACAAAUUAAUAAAAAAUGAAAAGCGGAAAUGUCUUGAGUCAAUAAGUAUUCAACCCUUUUGUUAUGGCAAGCCUAAAUAAGUGGUCCUCUGUAGCUCAGCUGGUAGAGCACAGCGCUUGUAACGCCAAGGUAGUGGGUUCGAUCCCCGGGACCACCCAUACACAAAAAUGUAUGCACGCAUGACUGUAAGUCGCUUUGGAUAAAAGCGUCUGCUAAAUGGCAUAUUAUAUUAUUAUUAUUAUUAUUAUUAUAAGUUCAGGAGUAAAAAUGAGCUUAACAUGUCACAUAAUAAGUUGCAUGGACUCACUCUGUGUGCAAUAAUAGUGUUUAACCUCUUAAGGAUCUGACCUUUUUUUCAAUUUUCACCUAAAAUGACAUACCCAAAUCUAACUGCCUGUAGCUCAGGACCAAGGAUAUGCAUAUUCUUGAUACCAUUUGAAAGGAAACACUUUGAAGUUUGUGGAAAUGUGAAAUAAAUGUAGGAGAAUAUAACACAUUAGAUCUGGUAAAAGAUAAUACAAAAACAAAUGUGUUAUUUUUUACAUCAUCUUUGAAAUGCAAGAGAAAAGCUACAAUAUAAUAUUGCAGUUUAGGCGCAAUUUAGAUUUUGGCCACAUUCUUCAUCCCAUUGAUUCAUGUUACACUAGUGGGUCCAGGUCUAUUCCAUUCUGUAUUUACUCAUCACAUCACAGUGGGAGUGAGAAUGGGCUGUGUUUUACGGUAGGGACUUCAUCCCAUAAAUCUUAGUUAUAUUGUAUAACUCCUUAUCAUUCUGACACGUAACAGGAAUGUAAUAGUUCUUGGUGAAACUAUGUAUGAAGUGUUCCCUUGGGAUGUGCAAAUAAUUAAACACAAACUGAAAGAAAAGUGGAAUCUACAGUAUAAUUUGGGUUAUGGUUGGGGCAGCAAGGCAAGAGAGAUACUUUGUUAUUCCUGCAUGAGAUAUGGUUUUAACAGUCAAAAGAUGACAUGAUAGAGCAGGAUUUAUCAAGUUGUUAUUCUACCAAGCCAUCUCCACUCUCAGGAGAAGUGGAAUUUAUUAUACAACACAGAGUCAUUCAACAGAUUUGGUGAUUACAUUUUCCUAUUGAUGAACGAUCAUCGGCACUAAUGGGCCUUCAUGCUGCUCCAUACUUUACUGUGACAAUCUUAUACCCUUUACUUUAGCAGCUAGAGCCCACGGAGUGGCCAUCAAUCCUAAUGGUUGAGUCCCAAAUGGCACCCUGUUCCAUAGAUAGUGCACUACUUUUGACCAGAGCCGUAAGGGCCCUGGUCAAAAGUAGUGCACUAGAAAGGGAAUAAGGUGCCAUUUAGGAAGCACAAAAUGUCUCCUGGCAGCAAUGUGACGUCAGUUAGAGAGGGACUAGAGGUGAUUAUGACAUUGCAUAUUAAAAUAGCAUGGGAUAUAUAUAAAAUAAAUGUACCAGUAAUGUCCACUGUGUUCUGCUGAAGAUGAUGUGAAUCUACCAUUAAGAUUAGCUUUAAGAGUUAUCCACCAGUAAACAACUCUUAUCUACACAGUCAAAUUCACACAGUAUUUGUUGAUUUGUUUGAAGGGCCGAAGACAAUUGGUUUGAUAAUUGCUUUGUGCUGUGAAAUAGAUAUGGUUUAAAUCUAAAGUCUCUCUCUGUCUCUUUAUCUCUCUCUUUAUCUCUCUCUCUCUCUCUCUCUCUCUCUCUCUCUCUCUCUCUCUCUCUCUCUCUCUCUCUCUCUCUCUCUCUCUCUCUCUCUCUCUCUCUGCAGGCAGUAUUGUGUACCUGGGAAUGAUGGUGGGGGCGUUCUUCUGGGGGGGCAUGUCGGACAAGGUGGGCCGCAGACAGUGUCUGCUCAUCUGCAUGUGUGUGAACGGCUUCUUCGCCUUCCUGUCCUCCUUCGUUCAGGGUUACGGCAUCUUCCUGCUCUGCCGCGUGAUCGCAGGCUUCGGGUGAGUUUGUCUGACUGGGGUUACAAUGGCAAGCAACAUCAAUGUGUUAUUUUUCUUAAAGAAUGGGGUACUGAAUUAUCAUAAUAAUCCACACUAAACAAACAAUUAGAAAAGCGAAUUCCAAAUUAUACUGGAGAUUAAAACAUUUAUUGUGAGUUGUGACAUGAACAAGAGACUAAUGACACUUGACUCAGUUUGGUCCAAUUUACAUAGCUAGCUACAACCAUGAUGAAUCCUUUCAACUUCUUCAUCAAAUGGCCCUGCAGUUCUAUGUCGUUAACUCCUUCAUUCCCAUAGAGACUGCUUUUCACAGUAGAUAGUCAUGAAUUCAUUAUCUUUUGUUGUAAAUAAUCUCUUUUGGUUUCUUGAAUGAAUAUCCAGUUGUAGACCCCUCUGUUAACAUAGACUAACUCUGAUAUUUCACCCACGUAAACCCUAAAGGUUUUACUCACUCCUAUCUAUAUCCAAAAUAAUAAUAAUGUGUGACUAGUAGUGAAUGUGUCAAUCACUCUCCUGUCAGUAUGGCAGUAUGCACCUAACAUCCAUCAUGAAAGUAUUUAGUUUAGACCAACUAGGCUAUAUCAGUGAUAACAGGGGAUUUAAUAUAGGGGAUGUGAGUAUUUUGUAAACAUGUCUGUGCAUCUUCUACUUGGAGUGGAUUAAUGCUUUUAACAUUGCUGGUAAAAUGCUUUACAAGUCUCAAAAACAAAACAAUUAGCCGAAAAUAAUUCCUCUCAUUCGUCAAAUUCAUUUUAAAACAAAGAAAAAGUGCACAAGAAUUAUAAAAGCAAUAUCUCAACAAACAACAUUCAGUCCUUUCUUUCAGUCUUGCACUCUCUGAUUCUGGUGUCUCAUUCAAUCAGAGGUUUCCCCUGGCUUGACAAAUCCUAGGGAUGUUUCCUUAGCCAUCACCAUCGUCAUGCCACACUGGCUUUUGGUCUGCAUUUAGUGAAAGGCUCUGUGACAAAUGAUUGUCUGAAAUGUGCUACUGGGGCAGUUAAAGGCAGCUUUAUGAUGGACAAGUGACAUUUUAUUUGGAAACUACUGUACUAGCCCCAUACAACCUUCCUGAUCUCGUGAGCUUACUUUCUAUUUCGCUACACAAUGAAAGGAAACCAAAGCGCAGCAGUCAGGAUAGUGGAUCAGGCUACUACUUUACAGCCCCAUUUCUGAAUGUCCAUAUUGUUAUUCACUGGCUGCAUGGCCUCUAGCCUCACAUGUCUAGGAAUGGUAAGAAUAGAACAUUGAUUUAUAGAGAGAAAUCAUUGGAGGGGUGUAACGGUCCCUGUCAAGAGCUAAUUUACUAAUUGCAUCCCGCCCCUCUCCCCAGAGGGACUCAAUGUAAUUGAAAAGGCUUGCCAGCCAAACUGCCUUCUGUUGGAGUCAUGGAGGACUGGCUCCAAGCCUAAUGGUUAACUGGAAAGCCAAGGAAAUGCCCUUUUGGCAAAGUUGGCUUAUUUUGAGGAACAUUGUUACAGUAUUUGUUUCUAUUGUCUACUUUUACAGUAGUAAAAACUGUUCCAGCUGCGUCACAUCUGAAAAAUACAAAAGGUUCCUCAGAGAAAAUAGAGGCGCCACUAAAUCUUUUUUUAAAUAACAAAAUAACAACCGUUUUUUUGUUGUUGCAGCAAUGUACUAUAGUUAUAGUUAAUUUACAUGGGUCAAAUAAUUUGUAGGUGUUAAGAAAAUGUUACCUUCCGCAGAAUCCGUGUGGCUCUACUCGUUGUCCUAUGGCAUGUCAUCUUCUGGUGCAUUGCGCCACCAAGUAAUCAAGCAACUCAUUGUCCUGUCCUUGUCUCCUUCAGAACAGGGGGAGUUGUACCCAUAGUCUUCUCCUUAUUUGCGGAGGUGCUGUCCAGAGAGAAGAGAGGGGAGCACCUGAGCUGGCUCUGCAUGUUCUGGAUGAUUGGAGAGAUCUAUGCUUCAGCCAUGGCCUGGGCCAUUAUACCACACUACGGUGAGUAGUACACUGUAAUACCACACUACAUUGAGUAGUCCACUGUAAUACCACACUACAUUGAGUAGUACACUGUAAUACCACACUACAUUGAGUAGUCCACUGUAAUACCACACUACAUUGAGUAGUACACUGUAAUACCACACUACAUUGAGUAGUACACUGUUAUACCACACUACAUUGAGUAGUACACUGUUAUACCACACUACAUUGAGUAGUACACUGUAAUACCACACUACAUUGAGUAGUACACUGUAAUACCACACUACAUUGAGUAGUACACUGUAAUACCACACUACUGCACUACGGUGAAUCACCAGGACUAGUUAUAAUAAUAAUAAUAUGCCAUUUAGCAGACUCACACAGACAGAAUGAACACAUCAUAGGCAUUUUAGUAACAAAACCUUCUUGGUUAGAUGGUUAUGAUGCCCCUGAAUGUGGUAGAAUUGUUUGACAUUGUAUAGUUUGCAAAGUAGCAAAAAAAUCUACAAAUGGGACACAAAUGUUAAAACUUACUGCACAAAUCCAGGUUGGCAGAGUAUAACCAGCGGAUGUGAACGUUUAGCUGUAACCGUGGGUGAAGGUGCCAGUUUGCCCUGCUGGCACAUGAACUAAUGUAAUCUAAGUGGCUGCAGACUGGGAGAGGGACAGUUUAAGUGAUUAAUGUAGGCCUGGAAACCAUGGGGAUACACACACAGGCACACAUAGGGAUAUUUAAAGGAUGAAGUCGUGCCAGUGGGAGAUAGAAGGCUGUGAUUUACGACUGCUACACUGGAAACAAGCUGCACUCAUCAAUAAAGAAAAGAAGGGAAAGGCUUGAAAAUGUUAUUUCCUCUCUCUCUUCCUCACACUAUAUACAUCUCUCUACACCCGUCUCUCUCUCUGAGCCUAUUUCUCUCUGUUCAUCUUCUCUUUCCCUCUCACUCUUAUUUCUGUCCCUCUCUUUCCUCCCCCUCUUUCGCUGUCUCCCAAUGUCUCUUCCAACCACCUCUUACUGUCCCUCCCUCUCCCUCCUCUCCUUCUCUCUGUCUGGGAAUGUUCUUCUUGAUCAAGCAUAAUUAGGUUUUUCUUCUUGCUCCAACUUAAUGGGACAAAGCUACAGCUAUCCAUGAUUUAUGGUGGAGUGGUGUUUUAGUCCAGCCCUGGGUGACGUCAGUGAUUUAUGGUGAGUGUGUUUUAGUCCAGCCCUGGGUGACGUCAGUGAUUUAUGGUGGAGUGGUGUUUUAGUCCAGCCCUGGGUGACGUCAGUGAUUUAUGGUGGGGAGUGUUUUAGUCCAGCCCUGGGUGACGUCAGUGAUUUAUGGUGGAGUGUGUUUAGUCCAGCCCUGGGUGACGUCAGUGAUUUAUGGUGGAGUGGUGUUUUAGUCCAGCCCUGGGUGACGUCAGUGAUUUAUGGUGGAGUGGUGUUUUAGUCCAGCCCUGGGUGACGUCAGUGAUUUAUGGUGGAGUGGUGUUUUAGUCCAGCCCUGGGUGACGUCAGUGAUUUAUGGUGGAGUGGUUGUUUUAGUCCAGCCCUGGGUGACGUCAGUGAUUUAUGGUGGAGUGGUGUUUUAGUCCAGCCCUGGGUGACGUCAGUGAUUUAUGGUGGAGUGGUGUUUUUAGUCCAGCCCUGGGUGACGUCAGUGAUUUAUGGUGGAGUGGUGUUUUAGUCCAGCCCUGGGUGACGUCAGUGAUUUAUGGUGGAGUGGUGUUUUAGUCCAGCCCUGGGUGACGUCAGUGAUUUAUGGUGGAGUGGUGUUUUAGUCCAGCCCUGGGUGACGUCAGUAGAGGGGUUUGUAUGGUGACCAUGGAGGGUAUUUUAGUCAGCCUGGGGACGCAUGAUUAUGGUGGAGUGUGUUUUGUCCAGCCCUGGUGACGUCAUGAUUAUGGUGAGUCGUGUUAUUAGUCCACACAGGUGACGUCAGUGAUUUAUGGAUGGAGUGCGUGUUUUAGUCCAGCCCUGGGUGACGUCAGUGAUUAUGGUGGAGGUGUUUAGUCCAGCACCUGGGGACGUCAGUGAUUAGGUGGAGUUGUUAGUCCAGCCUGGUGACGUCAGGAUAUGGUGGAGUGUUUAGUCAGCCUGGUGACGUCAGUGAUUAUGGUGGAGCUGUGUUUUAGUCCAGCCCUGGUGACGUCAGUGAUUUUUAUGUGGAGUGGUGUUUAGUCAGCCCUGGGUGCGUCAGUGAUUAUGUGGAUCGGUUUGUACCAGCCCGGUGACUCAGUGUUUAUGUGCAGUCGUGUUUAUAGUCCAGCCCUGGUGACGUCAGUGAUUUAUGGUGGAUGUUUUAGUCCAGCCCUGUGACGUCAGUGAUUUCAUGGUGGAGUGUGUUUUAGUCCAGCCUGGGUGAGUCAGUGAUUUAUGGUGGAGUGGUGUUUUAGUCCAGCCCUGGGUGACGUCAGUGAUUUAUGGUGGAGUCGUGUUUAGUCCAGCCCUGGGUUGACGUCAGUGAUUUAUGGUGGAGUCGUGUGUUUUAGUCCAGCCCUGGGUGACGUCAGUGAUUUAUGGUGGAGUGGUGUUUUAGUCCAGCCCUGGGUGACGUCAGUGAUUUAUGGUGGAGUGGUGUUUUAGUCCAGCCCUGGGUGACGUCAGUGAUUUAUGGUGGAGUGGUGUUUUAGUCCAGCCCUGGGUGACGUCAGUGAUUUAUGGUGGAGUCGUGUUUUAGUCCAGCCCUGGGUGACGUCAGUGAGGGGCUUCUGAAAAGGCAGCAUGGAGGAUAUUUCACUGUGCCGGCCGCGCUGAGCCACUGAAACGCCUGUUUGUACAAAUACUGACUGCACUGUAGAUAUUGAAGGCAAUGAUACGUGAAACAGUGGGGGUUCAUUUAAGAUUUCAGAUCAUUGAGCUGCUUUUAGGAAAAUCCACUGUUUCUCUCUAUUGUGCAGCGUCUAUAGAGGAGGGCUACACACACACAAACACACACACACACACACACACACACACACACAAUCUGAUAAACCUAGCGAGUCUCACUGAGAAAGCUCUGCUGUCAGGUCUGCAGAUAUCUCUUUGAAGGCAUGGUAGUAAACCCACUCUGCUCUCAUUCUUCCUGACACACACUCUCUCUUUCCUCUCUCACUCUACCUCUCUCCAUAUCCCCUCUCUUUCUAUGCUUUAUCUCCCUCCCCUUUAUCUCCCCCCCCUCUCUCCCUCCCCCUCUCUCUCAGCGUGCCUUGCAUACUCCAGCACUUUUGGAUGGUUUUUAUGUUCUCUCAAACUGCCGCAGUGCCCGCCAACAGCGAUAUGGCCGAGGAGCCUGAGGAGUAGUCUUUUGUCUAAUACAGAAACAGAUAAUGAUGGAUUACCACACAUCUACCACCUCAUUGGUGUUUAAUACUCCAUUAAAGCUCUUUAUACACCUCCUCAUUUGUCUUCAACACUCUGCAGCUCCUAAUGUCUUCUAAAGCCCCAUGACAAAGACACAGAUGGAGACCCCAGAAGCCUGAAACCUGAAUCAGCCUGCAGAGAUCUCUGUCAUACUGCAGCCUUUAGUUACACAACUAGUGCUCUGGUAGGAGGUAGACAUUGUCUGUGUCCUAAAUGGACACCCUAUUCCCUUUAGUGCACUACUUUUGACCAGAGCCCUAUGGGGGCUCCCUACAGGUCCUGGUCAAAGGUAGUGCACUAGGAAAUAGAGGGGAUGAAGACAAUCUCACUCUGUAUCAACUUCAACAUAUUCUAUGAUAUAACACCUUUAUAAUAUGGAAGUUAUAAUCACAUGACCUUGUUAUUACAUGCCAUGACUGUUAAUAUGAACCACACCUUUUACUUAUGGUAAAUUACAUAAUGCUGUGGGAAUGCAUGAAAGUUGCUAUGAACUGUUAUGGCUUGUUAUGACAGGUUCAUAUUGACAUCCAUAUGAAGGCAAUGCACUUAAUCAACAUUUUGGAUAGAAAAUUGUCUUGAAAAAGACUGCAGUGUGCCUCCUGCAGAUGUUUUUCAGGUUCACUUUCUUCAGCCAAUGGAGACAGACAGAGGGAACAGCAAGGAGGCAUUCUUUGAUUUCCCAUUAAGGAGGGAGAGUUUGAAGACAGAGCGAGAGAGCUACACACUCCUGUUGUUCCCAGCUGUUACACUUUCCCUCAUUCCUAGUUCCUUUAAGAGCUGCCUCCUCAUGAUUGCGGUCAGUCGAUUCGUUUUCAUGCUGAUAUUUGGAAUCUCUCUCUCUCUCUCUCUCUCUCUCUCUCUCUCUCUCUCACACUGCAUCCAUACACUUAGUCAAUUAUGUACAUAAUCCCAUAAUGACAGCCUUUCUUCCUGCUUUGAACAUAGUUGGCUUGAUUUCCACAGUGGUUGAUAAGCGGUGGUAUCAAUCUGCCAUUAGAUUAAUUUCUAGCAGUAAUUUCCUUGCAAUAACAUUAACAUCCCACCCACCUCCUCACUUCCCACUCCUGUUGAUGGAUAAUGGUGUUAUUCCCUCAAAUCGUGUUCAAACGGAAAAGGCAUGAUCCAGAGGAAGAGACAUGGGAGGUCACGACUAACAUGACAAACACCCCUCUUCUCCCUCCUUCCCCAAAUAGGAACAGGGAACAUAAGCACACACACACAUUGCAUUAACCCUCUUACACCAACGUACACCCACACACAGAAGGUUUUCAGUAAGAAUAUACCUCCUCAUUGUUUUGGAUUCACCCUGUUACUGUAGUUCUCAGCUACAGUGUUCAUAGUGUACAUACCGCAUGUGGAUUUGUGUUAAUUCUGCUUCUAUUACGUUGUCUGUAUAUCCUGCUUAUCGUCUGAAUAUCCUGUUUAUCGUCUGUCUGUAUAUCCUGCUUAUCGUCUGUCUGUAUAUCCUGCUUAUCGUCUGUCUGUAUAUCCUGUUUAUCAUCUGUCUGUAUAUCCUGCUUAUCAUCUGUCUGUAUAUCAUGCUUAUCGUCUGUCUGUAUAUCCUGCUUAUCGUCUGUAUAUCCUGCUUAUCGUCUGUCUGUAUAUCCUGUUUAUCAUCUGUCUGUAUAUCAUGCUUAUCGUCUGUCUGUAUAUCCUGCUUAUCGUCUGUAUAUCCUGCUUAUCGUCUGUAUAUCCUGCUUAUCGUCUGUAUAUCCUGUUUAUUGUGGCAGCACCAUUUCACCGAGUCAAAUUCCAAAUUCCUGUACAUACAAAUGUAUUUGGCGAAUAAAGGUGAUUCUGAAAAGAUUUUGACUUUCUCGAUGUUCCAUCACAUUUUCAGUAAGAUCCAUUAAAGUGGGCAACAAUUUAUAUAUUUAUAAACCAUUUCACAGAAUGUAUGAAACAUACAUUUAAGGGUUUGAAGGGUUCUACUCUGCCUAAGGGAAAGCACCAUGAAAUUACAGUGCUGUACAUGGGUAGUUCAGUGUUGAGGCUAAGAUUAUUUACAUGGCUGUGUACUAUUACAAUGAUUGAGGAUAGAUAUAGUUGAAGGCUUUAGCAGCCGUUUCCAGCUCGAGGACAUAAUUAGUCCGGCACGUUCCUCUCCAAUGGCGAAGGUGCAUAAAGAUGGAGGAAUUCAGAGAUUACAUUGUUUUUACCACAGAGUUCUUAAACUACGGUGCACAACAUGGUCCAAUGUGUCAGUAAAUUAGCACAAUCUUGUUUUUAGUUUUUUCAAAUUGCCGCCGUCUUGGAGCUAGAAUUGGGAUCAUGUAUACUGUGAUAAUGCCGAUACAAAAAAAGAGUAACGAAGAGCAAUGUACAAUACGGCGAAUAUAGCAAACGAGGCAUUUGUGGUAAGUACAUGGGGACCGCCAUCUUUAUGCUCCUUCGCUAUUGAAUAGUCCAGAAAAUGACUGUGCUGAGAUGUGUCAUUUAGAGAGGGGAAAUGGAAAUUGGUUGUGUGUGUGCGUGCGUGUGUUUAUGUAUGUGAGAAUACGUGUGUGUAUGCGUGUGUGUGUUGCUGCUAUGAAGAUUAAUGGGACAUAGUCUCUACCUGUGGGAUGAGAUCAGGUACAACAUGAUUUAAAUGUCCUUUCCUUCCCUUUUCUUUGUGUGUUGCACUUCCCUCUGUGUGUGGUCUUCUGGAAUGAACACCAUAUAAAUUGUGCAAAUAGAACAGAUGUCACAUCACCCAGGGAAGCAACAAUCAGUUGACCACAAGUAACUUAAAAGACCCACUCCUGUGACAUUUCUGAACUACUAUGAAUGGAGACCGAAAACAAGCUAAAUACUGUAUGAAUUGAAAAAUCUAAGCUCCCUCUCUUGAGAAUAUGACCAUUAUGUAAAAUACGCUGAUGUGUUCUCUUGUGUCUGAUUGUUUGAUGAUGUAUUGUGUGUGAUUGGUUGCUGAUGGGUUAUCUUGUGUGUGAUUGGUUGCAGGCUGGAGUUUCAGUAUGGGUUCUGCCUACCAGUUCCACAGUUGGAGGGUGUUUGUGGUCGUCUGCGCCCUGCCCUGCGUCUGUGCUGUCGUGGCUCUCACCUUCAUGCCCGAGAGCCCCAGGUUUUACUUAGAGGUAAAGUAAAGCAUUAUGGGAAAUUGGGUUUUAGGGAGAAUGUAUGCCACUCACAGGCUAUGUCAGUGUAUGUGGGCAUGCAUGGACAGCUUUUCAAUUAAAUAGUUCCAGUUCUGAACAGUAUAGGCAACUAAUAGAAUGUAGACCAAUCCCAGAUAGGCAUAUAGCCUAGUUAAUCAGUUAUUUAAGUCUGAUGAUAGUGCAAGGAUUGGUUAUCAUUAGCCUAGGGCCCUAUAGCAUCUCUUUCCUCAGAAAACCAUUGAACAGAGUGCAUUAUCCUAGGUUACUAUCAUGUUUAAGCGUGUUUGUGACAGGGGGUGCUGAAGAGUAUUUAUUUAUAAUAAUGUGGGCCUGUGUCCACCCAGGCCCACACAUGCCUAUGCCCCUGGUUUGUGAAAGUUGGAAAUGCUUUGUUCUUCAACAGAAAGGUCUAUGUGGCAAACAGUGAGUCAGCCUAUAGCUUCAGCAGCAGAGGCCUGGGCUACACAUUGCACCCCAUUUCGCAUGUUUUGUCUGCGAUGGCAAAUAAUAAGCUAAUAAUAAGCUAAAGGUCCAUGACAGUAUGCUACGCCUGUUACUGUAGGAUAAUAACCCUUUGAAGUAAAAUGAGUCAUCUUUGUCGUGACUCCUGUCAUCUCAGCCCAUCUCAGCCCAUCUCCUCCUGUGUGAGCAUGGCUGUCACGGAGGAGCGCUCCCGGUUCUCUCUCCAUUAAUCCCGUUAAUUCCCCCCCGUUUCUCCUCCUGUCAGGUGGGGAAGCACGACGAGGCUUGGAUGAUCCUCAAACAGAUCCAUGACACCAACAUGCGAGCGCGUGGGCAGCCGGAGAAAGUCUUCACCGUGAGUAUUUUCCUGCCUCGGCUCAUGCUUUCUCCUCACAGUAAAAAACUAAUCGGUUUAUAACCGCCAGCGCUGCGACAUGUUUAAAUCUGUGCGGAGGAUCAUAUCUGUGAUAUGAAAAGGUUUUGUAAGGUAUUUUGUGUCGUUCAAAUACCCGAUGCCCGAGGCGCGCCUGGAAACAGCACCCCAGUCAAUCCACAUUUAGAGCUUUACAUUUGGAGUCAGAUUUCCUGUCUCUGAAAGUGAACUAAAGCCCUUGCAAACCUCAUGAUAUAACUAGCCUAUAUUUUCAGAUGCAGGUUUUUGCUGCUAAUGCAAUAGCAUAAGGGCUCAAUAAAUCUUGCAUUGCAAAACUUGCCUAUCAAUUUGCCUAGCUUACCUUUUUCCAUGGGAAAAUCUAAUUGCAAUGCAGAAUAGAUGUGGAUACUGUAAGAGAACCAGGUAAAUUCCAAUUCCUCAAGGUGCUUCCAGGGUCCAAUGAAUGGAUGAUACACCACAGGCACAGACCACCUUCCAGUUACAUUUCUCCACCAGCAGUAGCCUACAAGAAAGAAACAGCAUAAACAUUACUUUUGAUGUAAUUAUGUUUUUAUUAAAAACUCAAUUUCCCAUAAUUCCCAUCCCAGGUGAACAGAAUCAAGAUCCCCAAGCAUCUGGAUGAGUUGGUGGAGAUGAAAUCAGAGUCGGGGAACCCAGUCUCCAAGGCCCUCUUCAGGUCCAAGACAGAGCUAUGUGGGGUGGGUUCUCUCUGCCUCUCCUUCUGUUGGCUCGCUAGAUGGUCAUGAUAGAAGUGGCAAUAUCCUGCACUGCACUCUCACAAAUCAUUAUUGAUGUGUCUCUCUUGUUUCUCCACACAGAUAUGGGUUAACUUUAUGAAGUGUUUCGACUACCCUCUGAAAGAAAGCACUAUCAAGCUAGCUAUUGUGUGGUUUACGCUGUCAUUUGGGUAAGCUUUUCAUUGUAAUGUUAUAGGCUCCCACUCCCUCCCUCUCUCCUGAUAGAAAGUUCUGGUUCUGCAUUUAGAGAUGUAGGAGUCAGAAUAGGCUAACUUCCUUCGUCAGGAAAUGGCAUAGACUUUUGCGCUUGCAGCCACAUUGCAUUUCUGUCAGCUGUCCAAUGCGGUAGCAGAGGUAG